CGCCGUUACAAACUAAUACACUUCGUGGAAGUAGAUUUUCGAAAGUUAGCAAUUUUAUUUAUGUAUAUAACAUUAAGAGGCUUUCAUCUUAAUAUGAUUAAUUUGUGUUAAGGUAACUUGCCGGUACUAAAGUUUGUGUAAUUCUGUCAUUGUUCUAAGUGUUUAUUUAAAAUCGUAUGUAACGUUGCAUAGGUAUACGCUGGAGAUAAAAUUAAAGCAAUAUAGAAAUAGAAGCUGGAAAAUGUGUGUAUAAUAUAAAAAAAUUUCGAACAAUGUAAUAUGAUCGAUUAUACUUAAACGUUUAGCGUUUUCUUGGUCGCAUAACUGGAAUAAAAGUCUAAAAAAUACUGAAAAAUAUUUUUUUAAGUUUGAACAUUCAUAGCGGAAAAAUAUCCUGUGUGGGGUGAAAUAUACAAGCCGCAUCAAAGCCAAAUUUGAAAACGGGAAAAGUAACCGAUUAAUAUUUAUAAUGAUCACAUUGAAUGUGUAGAAUAAAUAAAAAGGUGGCGAUUUGAAGCUGACAACAAUUUUCUAUUUACUGAUGAAUGUUAUCAAUGGAUUGCGCGGAAAUAUUAGGUCUCCAUUUCAAACCAACUUGUGUCACAUUGCAAUGUAAUGAAAAAAGAAAUACCAAUCAUCAAGUUAUAAUAACGAGAGGAGCUGCAACGUCGACGAUUAAAACAUUUUCUAUAGAUAAUAUAGGAGAAGCUUUCUAUAAGAAUUUAGAGACCGUAGUACGUCACCCUAAUUUUAAAUUAAGAAGACUCCAAUCAAAACUGUCUUCUGUCGCUGACACGUGCUCGAUACAAUCAGCGAAUAACGACAGUUUGGGUAGUGCUGAACCGCGUAUAUGUACUUCCAGCUCAAAAAUAUAUUCUUCCAAUGUGACGUUAUUUACAAAUAGUGUGCCUUUAACAUCAAGGGCAAAUACUGCUUUAUCAUCUUAUUAUGUAUCAAAUAAGACGUUAUUGUCACCUUCAAAAUUAGAAAGUUCCAGCCAGAAAAUGUUGGUUAUCAAAAUUAUAGAAAUUAUAAAGAAAAUAUUGCUCAUAAAAAUUUUGACCAGAAUAACAUCGACAGAAGCAACUUAUGUAUUGAAUUCAUCGAAAGCGCCAUUAAAUUUCUUAAUAAUGAAAGCACGCAAAGUAUUAUUUGCUUUUGCGAUUUUUACCUUUGUAUUUCACUUUGAUGUUGUUUUAGCCGAUCAAGUUAUUCUUCUGGAUACGACAAGAGAAGCUACUUUGGAGUGGACUCGGUAUCCUUAUGGUCCGCAAGCUCAAACACCGGGGUGGGUUGAGGAAUCAUUUACAGAUUUUGUAAAGGGUAUAAAUUGGCGAAGCUAUGUCGUUUGCGAUGUUGCAUACAACAAUGUCAAUAAUUGGUUAUGGUCUCCUUUUAUCGACCGAGGACCUGCAAACAGACUAUACAUUGAAAUUAAGUUUACUAUACGUGAUUGUUCCCUAUUUCCAGGAAAUGCACUCUCUUGUAAAGAAACGUUUAGCCUUUUAUUCUAUGAAUUUGAUGCUGCUACUCGAGAACCUCCGCCCUGGCAAACCGAUAGUUAUAAGUUGAUCGCACGUAUAGCUGCAGGAGAAGGCCGUUUCAAUCAAAAUUCUGACGUUGAUAUAAACACUGAAGUCAAAAGUAUUGCCGUAACAAAGAAAGGUGUUUAUUUUGCAUUCCGUGAUCAAGGAGCCUGCAUAAGUGUGUUAGCAGUAAAGGUUUACUAUAUCACUUGUCCUGCAGUAACGGAAAAUUUUGCUCAUUUCAAUGAAACACCAACGGGAAGAGAAAUUACUAUAAUUGAAAAACAAAAUGGCACCUGUAUUGAAAAUGCGGAACCAUAUGAGACACCUACAUACUUGUGUAAAGGUGAUGGCAAAUGGACAAUUCUAACUGGAGGCUGCCAAUGCAAGGUUGGAUAUGAGCCAGAUUUCGUAAAUAAAACCUGUAAUGAAUGUCCGAUAGGGAAAUUUCGUUCAAAAGAGGUUAAUAAAUGUGUACCAUGCCCACCUAAUUCAAAUGCGCUAAAUCUAGCAGCAGGAUUUUGUAAAUGCCUUCCUGGUUAUUAUCGACAUCCACAUGAUGGAAAGCAUAUGCCUUGCUAUAAACCGCCCGGACCUCCCACAAAUUUGACUUUGUUAUUUGUGGACCAAACAAGUGUGAUUCUAUCUUGGAAUGUGCCCAUAAGGGAGUUAUCAGAAUCAUCAUUCUCUUUGAAAAAAACUAAAUAUCGCAGUGAAAUUUUGUAUAAAGUGCGAUGUCUGUCCUGCUCUUCCAACGUUGUGUACAAUCCAGCAUCAGAUUCAUUUAAUGAAACCAAAUUAACCUUAACUAAUUUGGAACCAGUAACAACGUACACAAUUCAAAUACAUUCUCUGAACGGUCUUUCAAGCCUGAUGGACACGGACAAUAAUUACAACGAUACUUCUGAAGAUAAUAAAAAUACCGCUCAAUUUGGAUCUUUCAAUGCUACACCUGAAAAUCCCUUAAAGUCUACUAAUGUAAAAUCGCCGGUUAGUUUAGUUAACAAUCAGGCUUUCGAUCUAAAUCAAAUAAAAACUGAAUAUGCCGAAAUUACAUUCAAGACAGAGUCUGCAAUCCUGUCCACUGUAUUUAAUGUUCGAGUUGUUGCGACCACAAGUAGGGAAGUAGAUUUGGUAUGGGACAAAUCUGUGCAAAGUGAUUAUCCUAUUGAAUUUUAUGAGGUGCGUUGGUUUCCCAAACCGGAGCUGGAUUCAGUUAAUAAAACUGCAUUCAAUACAAAGGAAACUAGAGCUCAUAUCGAAGGACUCACUGAAAAUACGGAAUAUGGGUUUCAAGUUCGUUGCAAAACAUUGAAUGGAUAUGGCACUUACAGUAACAUAGUUUAUGCGCAAACACACCAGAGCAUGAAUUCAGGGUACGAUGACUCUAUACAUAUGCGCAUUGUUGCUGGUGCUACUGUUGCUCUUGUUUUUAUAUUAGUACUAGUGAUUGUUGCAACAGUUUUGUUCUUGCGGUCGAAAAAUCAAGAUGAUCUUGACAAAAAGUCGAGCAAUCACUUGCCAUUGCCUCUGGAUUACGCUAGCAAUGAAGUGACUACGCCUUUAUUUGGAAAUAGUCGGAGUUAUGUCGACCCUCAUACAUAUGAAGAUCCUAACCAAGCCAUCCGUGAAUUCGCACGGGAAAUCGAUGCAAAUUAUAUAACAAUUGAAGCUAUAAUAGGCGGAGGUGAGUUUGGGGAUGUGUGUCGUGGACGUUUAAAAAUUCCCCCUAAUUUUGUUCAAGAUAUUGAUGUUGCAAUAAAAACUCUAAAACCAGGUUCGUCCGAAAAAGCGCGUUGUGACUUUUUAACAGAGGCAUCGAUAAUGGGCCAAUUUGAUCAUCCUAACGUUAUAUAUCUUCAAGGAGUGGUAACUCGUUCUAACCCCGUUAUGAUUAUUACUGAAUACAUGGAAAAUGGCAGCCUUGAUACAUUUUUACGUGUCAAUGAUGGGAAAUUUCAAACAUUGCAGCUAAUUGUCAUGUUACGUGGUAUAGCCAGUGGUAUGUCUUAUCUAAGUGACAUGAAUUACGUCCAUCGUGACUUAGCAGCUCGAAAUGUUCUUGUGAAUGCUCAACUUAUAUGUAAAAUAGCAGAUUUUGGAUUAUCUCGUGAGAUAGAAAAUGCUAGUGACGCAUACACAACUCGGGGUGGAAAAAUACCAGUUCGUUGGACAGCGCCGGAAGCUAUAGCUUUUCGUAAGUUUACAUCGGCAUCAGAUGUAUGGUCGUAUGGUGUGGUUUUAUGGGAAGUUAUGUCGUAUGGCGAACGACCUUAUUGGAACUGGUCAAACCAGGAUGUCAUAAAGAGUAUAGAAAAGGGUUACAGACUUCCGGCUCCUAUGGAUUGUCCAGAAGCAUUGUAUCAGUUAAUGCUUGAUUGCUGGCAGAAGCAACGUACUCACCGACCUACAUUUUCAAGUAUAGUAUCAACAUUGGAUAAUUUAGCCCGACAACCGCAAGCACUGCUAACAACAAGAAAUUCGCCCGAAAACGAUGGAUCACAUAUUUUAGAGGGACAACGUGGUCACAACAUUUUUAUAAGUACGGACUUAUGGUUGGAAAAUAUUAAAAUGUCCCGCUACUCACAGCACUUUAAUGAGGCUAAUUUGGUGACUGCCCAACAGAUAUCUCGAUUAACGGCUCAACAAUUAUCUGACAUGGGUAUAAUAUUAGUCGGUCAUCAAAAAAAGAUUUUACAUCAGGCCAGACAAUUGGAUAUUAUAAUUUAGGAUACAAGAGAAUUUGCAGAUGCAUCAUUGUAUAUACGGCAUCACUAUUAUUAAAAUUUCGUUCAAAGUAAUAAGUAUUAUAUCAGAAAAUUCCCCCUUAAACAUAAGACAUUCGUUCCAAUUAUUACAUUUCUUUUUUAUAUAAUGCGUAGAUAUGUAUAACCCACUACAUAAAUAUAUAUAUUAGAAAUAUUUGUACACAAAGCUUAGUUUGUGGAAACUUUGGACUUUUACUGCGAGUUUUCUCAAUGACUGUAAUAUAUAAAAUUUUAUGUUUUUUUCUUAAUUUGCUUACAUUAAGAAUUGCACUGCUUAUUUGAAACUGAAUUUUAGUUAUUAUAGAAACUAUAUAAUAAUGUGUAAAUAAUCGAAUAAUACAGUUGAAAUAUUGGUAAUAUUAAAGCGAAUUAUUUAAAAUGUAAAGAUUUGCUGUUAGGAGGCAAUUCUAAUUAGUUUUCUUGUUACUACGACUAACAUCUCUUAUUGGUUUCCCUCUUAAUCUAUUCGAAACAUUUUUUGUAAAGAAUAUGUUAUCAUAUGAAAUACGACUAAUAUUUUGUGGUGAAAAAUUAAUCUAGUAUAUUUCUUAAGAAGAGGUCAAAUUGAAUUUUAUCGAAAUAAAUUUCACCAAACUGCUUUAAUCAGCUUAACAUUCCUAUUCCCAGUCACCAAUCAAAGAAUAGUGUUUUGCAUAACACUCGAUAUCGGUAUUGAGGUACAUUUGUUCUAAAUUUUUUUCUCGAAUUUGUAUAAAAUUUAAUAUAAUAUUCGAAUUUAGUACGAUGAUUUAAACACAACUAUAAGAGAACUAAGCCAUAUAUAUGAACCUAAUAUUAAUCAAAAUACGAUUACUGGUUUGCUUGCAAAUUAGUCAUUAUAUUCCUAUACCUUCGCGCAGAUUUUCUAUUGUUCAGAACUCUAAGAAUAUAAGUGUGAAUAUAAAUUCUAAUUCACAUUUUUGUUAACAUGCAAACAAAUAUCCUUUAUGAAGUUUGAUCUUCGUUGUUGCUGUUGGUCAUGUACUGCAAAACACAAACUGAAACCGUUGACGGAGUAACUUGAAUACAUUUGCCUCAAGCAUCUCUUUCCUCGCUAUCUCCAUAUAAAUAGGUCAUAAACAGUUUUAAUUUCUAAAAGUUGGUAAUUACUAUUGCUGUUGCUCUAGUAAUGUCAUAAACCAUAACUUUUGAAACCGUUGACAGUGUAACAGUACGCAUACUUGAAACAUCUGAGGUGUGAGGUCGUUUUAUUAUAUAAUAGUGUUACCAUGCUUUUACAGCAAAGCUGAUCAAAACAUAACGAUAAUGCUGUAAACUACAACAUUCCUUAAUUUUUUUGGACGCAAUAUAAAAGUAUAGUUAUUAGUUGCGCAGAUAAUUUUUAUGUUCAUAAUUGGUAUGCGAUCCUGCCUGAAGAAUCUCACAUACAUCGGUUGCUAGCCACGAUAGAAUCACUUGGAAAUCUCCCGAGAUGACAGUUCUUUAACGUGUAGCAAUUCUCGUUCGUUCCGAUUAGGUAAAUUCGAUUGUGUGGAAACAGACAGUUUUAAGUACUACUUUGUAGUGCAUAUGUACAUAACUGUUUUCCAAUUCCUCUUAUUUAACUAGAAUAUUAUUAACUCAAUAUUUCCAACUCAAACCAAACUUCAAAAAGUUAGUAAAUAUAUUUUCGUGUACUCAAUUUGUUAAUUUUGAUCAUAUAUUAGUUCUCUUAUAUAGUAUAUAUUUUUUGGCCACAAGCUUCAAGUCGUUACAGAAUGGAAUGUUCGUACUCUGAAAAGUUAGAUGAAGUUGAUUGCCACCUCUGAGAAAGGCUUUCACAUGUAUGCGCCCUUAAAUGCAACCUCAAUGUUUAAAAGUUAUUAACGGUUGAACUUUUAGUUUUUUCUUUGAAUAUUAUAACUGAAUGAAAAAUCAUAAUUUUAAAAUGCAGAGCUCAUUGGCUUAUGGGAAAAGUGCUAGUCUACAAAAACGGUCUAUAAGCGGUUGCGAUAUAUUCAUCGUCUAACAUCAAAAAGAAAAACCAAAACAGAGAAAACAGAAACUACUUUUGUCCAGCGGUAAAUUUUCAAUAAGUUCAUACUUGACGAGGAUUUCUUUGAGAUGUCUAUCAACCUACAUUACAUAGUAAUAGGAGAAAAAAAAUUUGCCUACCCUAAUGUAUGUAUAUCCAUACAUAUAUCUAUCUAUUCACAUAGGCGGUAUUCAGUUUUGCAUGUUCUCAUGUUUAAUGUAAUGUAAAAUUGUCCAAUCAAAUUGUGAUAUAAUUCAUUUUAUUUUGUGAAUGGAAUACUUCGUAACUACAUCGGCUUGGGCAGGCACGAAUUCGGAAAAGUAAACUGUCUUUGUAUCAUAAUUCAUAUUAAAUCUUUCUUGAAAAAGUUUGACAUAACAAAUUAAUAAAUUUAAAUACGUAUAAAAUAAAUUGAUGAUAAGAAGAUAUUAUGUUGCUUAAACAAUUGUGUGUUAAACAAGAUUUCAUAAUUUAUUGCAUAUAAUUAAAAGAAAACACUUCGGUUUGAUAUUAUUUAACUAUUUUUGACAAUAUGACCUGGUAGAAGCAAUAUGUGGGCUAAUUUAAAAAUAAAACUACCAUGCACAUAAGCACUUCACUAUUUUAUUUCCAACAUAUGAAGCCCCGCUAUGAAAAUCAAAAGUUAAAAACAUAACAAAUAAAACUUAAAAGGCAAACAUUUAUUUUUUGAAAUUAAUGAAAGAAAUAUUUGCAAUAUCGUCAAACUUGAAGAAAGAGGAAGGAGUAUUAAAAAGCAAUAUUUGAGUAUAGUAAAUUAAAUCGUUAGUUAUAACUGUACCCCCGUUUAAAUAUUUUGAACCCUGUAAUAAUAUGUAUAUGUCAACUUUAGAAAACAAUAUAUAGUUCUAUAAAUGAAAUCAAUAGGUAUUGUACUCUUGCACUUGACUCUUGCAAUUUAUCGUUAGAUGAUCGAGAACAGAACGAAUAUUGCUAAUAAAAUAUAUAUAAUAAAAGCAAUCCAUUUUAUAUCAUAAA